AGGCUCUUGGCUGGGUACCCAACUCUCCUGCAGUCCAGACUUCUCUUUCUCUUUCCCCUGCCCAUGGUGGGUGCUGUUGGUGAGGAAAUUCACCCCAGAAAGCUCAAGCUCAGAACCUGCGCGAUCCGCACACCCCCGGAGGCGGCAGGUCUCGGGCAGCCCGGGAGCGCGCGUCUACGCGGCCGCGCGGGGUCCCCCUGUCUGGCGCUCAGGUGGCUUCGCCGCCCACUCCGCCGCUCCCUUCCCCUCCCCUCUCCCAGCGAGGGUCGAGUUCGGCUGUUGCGCGCGGGGAAGGAAGGAGGGGCUACGAGGGAUUUGAAAGUGCUCAGGCUGCGGAGUGGAGCUCGCUUCUGUCCCCGCCGCCCGCGAGCGGAUUAAAUUUCUGCAAAUUCAAACUGAAUGGGGCUUUCUUCUGCUGCCUUCCAGAGGGCGCCUGCAGCCCGCCGCGCGCUCCUCUCCGGCGGGAGCGGCCCCGGGAAGCACCGCUGACGACCGGGCGGGCCAGAGGGCGGCGGCGCCCGGGCUUGGGGGACUCCGUCACCGGACCGUGCCCCUCUCCGACCAGAAGCCGCUCUCUCUCACGCCCGAUCCGGGCACCAGACGGGACCGCGGGCGCGAUCUGGGCGAUCAAUCCUCCGAGGACGAACUUCUCGGGGGCGGGUCCCCGGUCGCCCCGUCGCCAGCUAUUGUCUGCGCGCGGCGCUAGCACGGAGGCGCGGGGGGCGUGAGCGCGGAGACCCGGGCCGGGCGGGGCCGGGUCCAGGGCGGCGGCAGGAGGAGCCAGGGCAGCUCCGGGAGCCGGAGGAGGAGCGGCUGCGAGCGCGGGAGCCGAGCGAGCGCUAUGCCUGCAGCGGCGGGGGACGGGCUCUUGGGCGAGCCGGCGGCGCCGGGGGGCGAUGGAGGCGCGGAGGACUCGGCCAGGCCGGCGGCGGCCUGCGAGGGAAGUUUCCUGCCCGCCUGGGUGAGCGGCGUGUCCCGCGAGCGGCUCCGGGACUUCCAGCACCACAAGCGCGUGGGCAACUACCUCAUCGGCAGCAGGAAGCUGGGAGAGGGCUCCUUCGCCAAGGUGCGCGAGGGGCUGCACGUGCUGACCGGAGAGAAGGUAGCCAUCAAGGUCAUCGAUAAGAAAAGAGCCAAAAAAGACACCUACGUUACCAAAAACCUGCGUCGAGAGGGGCAGAUCCAGCAGAUGAUCCGACACCCCAACAUCACACAGCUCCUGGACAUCCUGGAGACAGAGAAUAGCUACUACCUGGUCAUGGAGCUGUGCCCCGGGGGUAACCUCAUGCACAAGAUCUACGAGAAGAAGCGGCUGGAUGAAGCAGAGGCCCGCAGAUACAUCCGGCAACUCAUCUCUGCGGUGGAGCACCUGCACCGUGUCGGGGUGGUCCACAGAGACUUGAAGAUAGAGAAUUUGCUACUAGAUGAAGACAACAACAUCAAGCUGAUUGACUUUGGUUUGAGCAACUGUGCGGGGAUCCUGGGUUACUCGGACCCGUUCAGCACCCAGUGUGGCAGCCCUGCCUAUGCUGCGCCGGAACUGCUUGCCAGGAAGAAAUAUGGUCCCAAAAUUGAUGUCUGGUCAAUAGGUGUGAACAUGUACGCCAUGCUGACCGGGACCCUGCCUUUCACCGUGGAGCCUUUCAGCUUGAGGGCUCUGUACCAGAAGAUGGUGGACAAAGAAAUGAACCCCCUCCCGACCCAGCUCUCCACAGGGGCCAUCAGCUUUCUGCGUUCUCUCCUGGAACCAGACCCCGCGAAGAGGCCAAACAUCCAGCAAGCGCUGGCCAAUCGCUGGCUGAAUGAGAAUUACACUGGGAAGGUGCCCUGCAACGUCACCUACCCCAACAGGAUUUCUCUGGAAGACCUGAGUCCCAGCGUGGUGCUGCACAUGACUGAAAAGCUGGGCUACAAGAACAGUGAUGUCAUCAACACGGUGCUCUCCAACCGUGCCUGCCACAUCCUGGCUAUCUACUUCCUGUUGAACAAGAAACUCGAGCGCUAUCUGUCAGGGAAAUCAGACAUUCAAGAUAGCAUCUGCUACAAGACCCAGCUCUACCAGAUAGAGAAGUGCAGAGCCACCAAGGAGCCCUAUGAGGCCUCCCUGGAUACCUGGACAAGGGACUUUGAGUUCCAUGCUGUGCAGGACAAGAAGCCCAAAGAACAAGAAAAAAGAGGUGAUUUUCUUCAUCGCCCGUUUUCCAAGAAGUUGGACAAGAACCUGCCUUCUCACAAACAGCCGUCACCCUCCCUGAUCACACAGAUUCAGAACACCAAAGCCCUGCUCAGAGACCGGAAGGCCUCCAAGUCAGGCUUCCCCGACAAAGAUUCCUUCGGCUGCCGCAAUCUUUUUCGAAAAACCUCUGAUUCCAAUUGCGUGACUUCUUCUUCCAUGGAAUUCAUCCCUGUCCCACCUCCCAGGACACCAAGGAUUGUAAAGAAACUAGAGCCACACCAGCCAGGGCCGGCAAGUGCCAGCAUCGUCCCCAAGGAAGAGCCCCUACUGCUGGAUAUGGUCCGCUCCUUUGAGUCCGUGGAUCGAGAGGACCACAUAGAACUGCUGUCUCCUUCCCACCAUUAUAGGAUCCUGAGCUCACCUGUGAGCCUGGCUCGUAGGAAUUCUAGUGAGAGGACACUCUCCCCGGGGCUGCUGUCUGGAAGCACAUCACCUCUCCAAACUCCACUGCAUUCCACGCUGGUCUCUUUUGCCCACGAAGAAAAGAACAGCCCUCCGAAAGAGGAGGGUGUGUGCUCACCACCUCCGGUUCCCAGCAAUGGCCUCCUGCAGCCUCUGGGGAGCCCCAACUGUGUGAAAAGCAGGGGAAGGUUCCCCAUGAUGGGCAUUGGACAGAUGCUCAGGAAGAGGCACCAGAGCCUGCAGCCUUCCUCAGACAGGGCCCUGGAGGCCAGCAUGUCCCCUCUGCAGCCCACGGCCCCCUCCAGCCUCUCCUUUGACAUGGCCGAUGGUGUCAAGGGCCAGUGUUAACCUGUGAUGGCAAGAAUCUGGGUCUCUGUGAGUUCAGCCAUGGAACAGAGCCCCACACACGCACCAGGGCAUGAAUGAACGCUCUCACAGGAGCAUCCUUUAUUCUUUUAGUCCUGUAGCUCAUAGCAGCUAAACUCCACAGACUCAGUCCACACGCUCACUUAGGGACCCCCUGACAAACUGAGACUUGGGGGAGAGGGAAGGGGAGGGGGCGCUGUGGGAAUCCGCACCUUCCAGCCUGAAGGCCUCUCCAGGAUCUCCAGUGGGCUCAGAGCUAAACACCCACACCUCCAUCCGCUGGACCACUCAGACUUCCAGACCGGUUCCAGGCCUUCCCUCCCUCAGCUCCAUGUGUACCUCUCACAGACGGCUCUGUUCAAUGGUCAGUGACAGUCUCACGGGGACCCUACCACUCACUAUAAGGACGUCCACCCAGCCUGGGGAUCCCUCCACAGAGGGAAGCAAGCCAGUGUCCUCUAACAGUGAGUCUCUUCAGGAGAGUGGUGAGCCGCAGUACUGGACCCGUAGCAAGAUGGGAUGGCUCCUCAGGCAGAGGUGGACGCCAACAGUGAGGACUCAGGAGGAAGCGGAAGACUCAAGCGAAUGCUCAUUCCCGUGCAAUGUUUUGACAGACUCUUUUCUUUCCUCUCUCCCCCACCCUCCCCGCCCUUUUCUUCUUUUUGGGUUGAAACUUGCUGAGGAUUGAAUGAACUUAUCCAAAGAGAUCUUUCUUUAUGUGAAGUCAUUAAAUUUAAGUAACUUUUUUAAAAGACAGGGUCUCGUUAUGUAGCCUAGGCUGGCUUCAAAUUCACGAUCCUCCUGCCUCAGCCUCCAAAGUGCUGGGAUUACAAGUGUAUACCAAUGUCUGGCUCAAAAUAGCAUUUUUUUAAAAACUAGUUGGCCAGAUGAAAAGUAGUUUUACCAAAUCCAUGUUUUUUUUUGGUUUUGUUUUUUGUUUUUUCUGAGAGGCUGCAGCUCAGAUGGCCAAGAAGCCAGCUUGGAUGGUAACAGGAGGCACAUUGGAUCCCAGCAGCCUGAGUGUCUGAGGGACGGCAGCCUAGCCAUCCCGUGUUUAUCCUGUGACAGCAGCAGAAGGCAUAGAACUCAGUUCCAGAUGGUUCUGGAGAAGGGGAAAGGAUUCUAAAGGCAGAGUUGAGACGUCGAGAUUCAGGGAAUUGGCUGUGCCAUGCUGUUCUGCUGCGGUUAGAACUUAGCUGUUCUGCUGGGGGCUGUGGGCAGGCUUGCCCCCUGGGAGCACGCUCACGAACAGGUUCAUCCCCAAGAAAAACAGUGUCCCCCCCCCCCCCAACAGGCUUUCCAUUCACGCUGUAUUCCGCGCCUCCCCCCCUCCAGGAAUGAACCAAAGAUGCAUUUCCGGUUUUGUGACUGUGCCACCCCGUGUGUCUUUUUGUGGUACCUGGUGUUGUCUGAUCACGUCCAGAUGGUGCUUGAUGGAGGACUGUCUCUGUGUGCAUCCUGGGCCCUGGUACUUAGCAGAGGACCAUGCGUACCAUUGUCGGGAGGGAAGACUUGGCACAGGCUGGACCCCAGCUAGUUUAGGACAUGAGUUAUGGAACAGCCCAGAAUCUCCGGUCUUUGACUAUUUCAGAUGUGAUCCGAGACCAUAGCUGUAGCCACGAAGCCAGGUUCAUCCUUGGUCCAUGAUUCGAAAGUGGGCAAGUUUCUGUGAAAUCACAAAGCCGGCCUUUGCCAGUGAUGGAUGGGACUCAGCUUCAACCGACUCUCACUUACCCGUGGUGGCUUCCUUUGGCUUCUCGCAGCUCUGACUGGACAGGAAGAGAGCACACAUUUGGCUGACCCCGGAAGAAAGUCGCUCUAGGCUUGGCUGAAUUUGGAAAGCCUGGACUACUUACACCCUCCUCCCAUUAGGAGGAGGUCAGUCUUCCCUCCCAGCAGCUGAAGGUGCCCUUCAAUCAGCGUGGCUUCCGUUCAGCUUCCAGGACUUACCACUGAAAAUAGAACUCUUCAAGCAGAGAGACGAGGAGAAUCAUCCACAGACACUGUCUCUAGUUGACGUGAUAUGUUUGAGUUUCGAUGGGUGAAGAGUCCUUUUUAAAGAUAACUGCCCACUGCAGGCCUCUGGCCCUGCAAGGCUGGGAGGAUGUGUACCUGUGUGCUGUGCCCGUCCCCUUUCUCGUAGCCCCUUAUGUCUUUUUCUGGCUGUCUGCUUUGCUCACACGUCUGUGUGCCUGUGUUGGUGUUAGCUCAUGGAGAAAGGGUUUCCCAUUCUUCAAGCGCUUCAAGAACAGCGUCUGAUGUACAACGAGUUGCCUGCGUUGCCACUGGACACUUGGACUCUGAACUCAGGUUACCCACCUGAGUGCUCAGAGGGUAGUGGACCCAUUGGGAGGCACAGGAGAGCAGGAGGGGAGACAAGCUGUGUUUUGGGGUGCAGAUAAACACCUGACAGACAAGCCUAGGAAACCGAGUGAAAGAAGAAAUGUUAAAUUCUUUAUUGUUUUAUUAUAUUUAUAUGGAAAACUUGACUAUCCUUUCGUUAAGUGCAGAGUGUAUUGUCUGUUUGACCCAUGACUGUUCUUCAUGAAUGAGUCUUUGCCUGUGAUUCUAGUCGGCCUGUGGCUACUGACGGGAAGGACUGAUCUGUCAUCAUGUGAAGUCCAGGAAGAAGAGUCUAUUUUAUUCAUAUGGUUUGGUCAUAAGUAAGGACUAUAUUUAUGUCACCACUAUUGAAUAUGUGUACUUUUAUAACGGCUGUGGAAUACACUUUUUCCUCACUAUG